CCCCUAUGUCUUGUUUAAACUUAAGGAGACCCAAUCGACGAAGCCACGAAGACCACCGUCGUGGGUCUUCGGCGCAUUCAUAAACUAUGGCUCGCAUGGAGCUGGAUUCCAUGGAAGACGUCUUUCUCCGAGACAAUCUCGGCCCGACCAUCGCUGAACAUGUAUUGCAGUGCAGUCAUUUCUUCAAGAGAUAUAUGGCUGCGCCGGAAAUUGUGCUGGACCCAACUUUGAUGGACGACCAGCUGGCACGCUUUACGCUGUGGGCAUCAAACAUGGAUGUAUUUGGGCCGCCCCACGUCUCGUUGGAUUACAGGCUCAGAUACAGUCCAACAGUCGUGGAGAUCAUCCAUCAGCUUUUGGACGUCAUUUGUAAUGCUUUGACAUCUCUUAAGCCAAUCGACGAUCCACCGCAGACUCCAAGCAGGAAGAAACGACGAAUAGCGGAAACUGGCAAUGCGGAGGUCACCAAGAGAGUCGACGAUAGUUCAAGCGAUUCGGACAGUUAUGACGAUGAAGAACAAAAAAAUGUUUCAUUAAUUACCUACACUAUCGGAGGAACAGUGACGCGGCUCUUCCGUUUGUCUAAUGCUAUUCGGAAAUCCGCUAAGGCUUCGAGAACAUACAAAAUAGGAGGAUACAACGAUGACGAAGAAGCGAACAAUGCCAUCGCGGAACUACGUAUUUACACAGAAUGUUACAUUCGCUUCCGGUUUCCUCACGCACCAGAGGCUCUUCGCUCAGCAUUGGUUGAGGCCAAUGCGCUACGGCUUCGACGACUGUAUUAUCAGAGGUCCCACCGAAGGCGCAUUGCCUUGAAUGUCCAGCGUCCACAGGCAGGCCCAACAAGUGUUCAGCUACCUAAGAUACCGGACAGCACUCCGGCCGUACGUUUCGCCCCAAGCGUGCCACCGAAACAAAGGGCCAUUGACGAAAGGCCGAAGCCAACCAUCCUUCCGCCAGCGCCCAUAACCUAUGCGACUACCGCUCGACAAACUGCUGUUGGAGCUCUGUUGGCCGACUCCACGUCGGAGGUUCCUCGGGCUAAGUCUGUCCUGGUAAACAAUAAAUUGUCGUUCCCUCCAGUGCCAACAACAAGCGAGUGCCCAUACUGCGGCGUCAUUGUUGAAUUCAAGGGUAAUACAAAAUCGGUGAUGUGGAACGACCAUGUCAUCAGAGAUCUAGAGCCUUUUGUCUGUAUUUAUGCCAGUUGCAUGGACGCAAGCCAACAAGAUCAUGGAUCGUCUACAUUCGAAACAUCGAAAGCCUGGAUGAACCACAUGCAGAACGCCCACGGAUAUGCAUGGGAGUGCAGAGCUCCUUCUCACGACCCAACCAUCUUUGAGCAGGAGAUCGAAUUCCAGGAGCACGCUCGUAAAGACCAUGGCGUCCCUGAGGCGCAUGUGGGAAUGCUGAGCGGUGCAGCUCGGAGACCAGUUCUCGAGAAGAUUCAGGAGUGUCCCUUUGGUGACGACUUUUCAGCCCCGGAAAAGGCCGAAUCAAACACCGUCUUCUCGAAUGAGGCUCUUCAUCUACACGUCGCCGCUCAUAUGAAAGAAAUUGCUUUACUUGCAUUGCAGAAACUACCUAGUGACGAUGACCACAACUGCGAGGACGUGGCUAGCGACGCACCAUUAGAAGAUGAUGGGUUUGCCAAGUUGCGCGCAUCCAUGUACAGUGUAUUGGAUUGCGAAUCUCUAGACUUCUUGGAUGAACCUGAAGAUGGCGUUUCGAAUAUACUCGAAGAGGGCAUCAUUCCCUCUGUAGACAGACUCAAUUUAGAGGAGAAAGACGCAGCAGGAAUGACAAAGCUUCAUCGUGCAGUGCGCGAUAACAAUUUCCUCUUGACCCAGUCCCUUAUAGAACAAGAGAUCAUCGAUUUGAAAGACGACUAUGGCCAAACACCCUUGCAUUACGCUACAAAGAGAGACUUCACUGAUGGGAUAGAACUAUUGGUUAAUUACGAGGUCUCUAUAGACAGUCUUGACAACUAUGGGUUCUCUCCAUACCUCUGGGCCGUCAUUGCGGGGAAAAGUAGCGCAACUCACCUACUAUUGUCUCUCGGCGUUGAUGUCAACUCUACCAGUGCGGAUGGAAAAUCGGCUUUGGGUUGGGCAGCCAGCCUGGGCCACUCAUCAAUAACUGAAUUACUUGUGAAGAAUGGAGCCAGCGUCAUGUCCAUGACUCGAAACACGCAAUUGGUGCCAUUAGAAGAAGCGGCAACAUGUGGUGACUUGUUCACGGUACAAUUGCUGCUCAAUAACGGCGCAGAUCCAAAUUAUCGGGAUCGCGAAGGCUGGUCUGCUAUACAUUGGGCGACUGAGGAGGGCCAUUGGGAUGUUCCGACCCUCUCAAGUCAACAUGUCACGGUUGGACUCCACUACACCAUGCCGCCUUCAUGGGAUAUUCUCAUGUCGUACAGUCCCUUCUAA